CUGCCGGGGAAACGGAGUUGUGAUGUUUCACGGAAUUGUGCCGGUGGACUAGAAACUCCCGCCAUUUCGCCGAACACCUAACCUCUUGAAUGAUAAAUUAACUUUUUAUGAAGAUUUUUUCAUAUCAGUAUUCAGACUUAAUGAAGUACAUACUACGAGGAAUACAACCGGUUACGAUCGUUUACGGCAUAAUUUCGACAGAGUGUAUGCAAAGCGCGCAAGACCUCCUGGAGGGAGCUUUGGUUUUUGCCGCGAGUUCCAAUUUGGGUGAAGCUUGCGUUCCUUCUUCGUCUUCUUGAGGAACUAAAACUUUUCCAAACACAAACCGAGCAACUUAAACCACACAGGGUCUUCGGUGGACUUUUCUUCAAAACCAACGAAGCCGUUGCGACCCUUGUCUACACGAAGGAUGCGAUGAGCGCCGUCGCCAGAAGUGCAGUAUUAUUGUUUUGCAGUGAGCUAGAGACCCAGCCUGCUCCUAUUAGCCAGCUAGCUGCUACGCGUUUAGUGCUGUGCCGGGCCUGCCGGUGCUAGCGUGCAACGUGCUAACGUCGGGCAUUGACAUCUUACGGCACUCGGAUACAUGUUCAGGCCGUGUCAUUUUAUUUUGUUUGGCUAGUUUUUUGUACGAUUGUUUAAGUUUACAACAGGCAUCCGUGCCAUCUGGCGUUCACGAUGGCACCGCUUUUGGGUCGGAAACCUUAUCCGCUUGCUAAGCCGCUAGCUGAACCAGCAGGCCCAGACGAGGAGGUCUACAUCAUCGAACACACCAAGGAGGCCUUCAGGAACAAAGAAGAGUAUGAUGCCCGUCUUCUGAGGUAUGACGAGCGCAUAUGGACCUGCAAGAGCACUGGCAGCAGCCAGCUCACUCACAACGAAGCAUGGGAAGAAGAGCAGGAGGUCACCGAACUGCUCCUGGAAGAAUAUCCCAAAUGGUUUGAGAAGCCAGUGUUGGAGAUGGUUCACCACAACACGGUGUCCCUGGACAAGCUUGUUGAAAUGGCCUGGAUGGAGAUCCUCACAAAGUACGCUGUGGAUGAAGAAUGUGACUUCUUGGUGGGGAAAGACAAGAGUAUGCGCGUGUUGGUGGUGAAGAUCCAUCCCCCGGAGAAUCAGGACGGUGAGACCGCAGAGAAGAAGCUAGAAGGAGCGUGUGACUCUCCUUCCAGCGACAAGGAGAACGCCAGCCAGGAGAACCAGAGGAAGGAGCCCUCCCCCCAGGAGGAGGACAGCCGGCGAGAGAGUCUCAGUGACCGGGCGCGACGCUCGCCUAGGAAGUCCACCACUGCUAUGAAAGAAGAGAAGAAGAGAUGGGUGAUGCCCAAAUUCCUUCCUCUCAAGUAUGACGUCAAACUCAUCACUGAAGAUAAGGUGAUCAGCAGUGUUCCGGUAGAAAGUCUGUUCAGAUCAGAGCGUCCGCCGACCAAGGAGAUCAUGCGUUACUUCAUCAGGCACUACGCUCUCAGGCUGGGCAUGGGUGAAAGCGCCCCCUGGGUGGUGGAGGAUGAACUUGUCAAAAAAUUCAACCUCCCCAGCAAAUUCAGUGACUUCCUCCUCGAUCCACAAAAGUUUUUGGCUGAAAAUCCGUCCACUAAGCGGAAGAGUCUCUCGUCUCCUGAGGCUAAAGCUAGUAAAAAGCUGAAGACCUCAGACACCCAGAGUGAGGAGUCAGGAAAUGAGAAGGGAGAGGAGGAGAAGAAGAAAAAGAAGAAGAAAGCCUCCCUUACCAUGCCCCUUAGUCCCACUAUCUGGGGACACAUGCAGAAGAUGAACGGCUCCCCGCUUAAAGUGAAAAACUCUGGAACGCCUAAGAAAGGAGAUGGCAAAACCCCCUCCACACCAAAAUCAAGUAAAAAAACGAUUGACAAGAAAGCAGGAAAGACCGGCGAUAAGAAGCUCAACGGUCUCAAAAAGGACGGAAAAUCUGGUCCCAAGACCCCCAAGAUGAAGCAGAUGACCCUCCUCCAUCUGGCCAAGAGCCCCCCCACGGGGAGCCCCAAGAAGAGGGUCCGGAACACGGGUAUGACACCCAAACUGGGCAAGCCUCUGCCCCCCAUGGCCCUCCACCUCCUUCGCUAUUACAAGGAGAACAAGGGCAAGGAGGACAAGAGGAACGCCAUGUCCACCCUCAUCUCCAAGGCCGCCAAAACCCUGUCGGCGGACGACCGGGGCAGGCUGCCGGAGGAGCUCCGGGACCUGGUGCAGAAGCGCUGGGAGCUGCUCGAGCAAAAGAGGCGCUGGGCGGCCAUGAGCGAGGAGGAGAAGCAGGAGGAGCUGAAGAAGAGGCGCGAGGAGAUCAAGGAGAAGCUGCGGGAGAAGGCCAAAGAGCGCCGCGAGAAGGAGAUGCUGGUGCGCCGCGAGCAGUCCCGUCGCUACGAGGACCAGGAGAUCGACGGCGGCAAGAACCUCCCGGCGUUCCGGCUGGUGGACAUGCCCGAGGGGCUGCCCAACGCCCUGUUCGGAGACGUGGCCAUGGUGGUCGACUUCCUCAACUGCUACGCCGGGCUGCUGAUGCCGGAGGACCAGUACCCCAUCACGGCCGGCGCCCUUAUGGACGCCCUGGCCGGGGAAGACGCCGGCUUCCUCUACUUGAACCGCGUGCUUGUGGUGCUGCUGCAGACGCUGCUGCAGGACGAGCUGGCCGAGGGGUACAGCGAGCUGGACAUCCCCCUGUCGGAGAUCCCGCUCACCAUGCACUCGGUGUCGGAGCUGGUGCGGCUGUGCCUGCGGCCCUUCGACGCCCACGGCGAGGAGAGCGUCCAGGGCUCGGAAGACUGGGGCGUGCUGGGCGGCUUCGACGACGUGGUGACCAGUGAGUUCCUGGAGAGGCUGGAGACGGCGGAGGUGUUUGAGCUGAACCCCCAGGAGAAGGUGAGCCUCCUGGUGGCCCUGUGCCACCGCAUCCUCAUGACGUACUCGGUGGAGGACCACGUGGACGCCAUUCAGCAGCGCUCGGCCGAGCUCUGGAAGGAGCGCCUGGCCACGCUGAAGGAGGUCAACGACCGCAAGAAGGCCGAGAAGAUGCGCCGCAAGGAGCUGGAGGAAAAAGUGAAAGAGGAAGGGGGCAUGCCCAAAGCUGAUAAGACGGAAAAGAAGAAGGAAGGGAGCGCCAAGAAGGAGGUGAAGGCGGAGGCGGAGCCCGACGCGGAGGACAUGAUCAGCUCCGUGAAGAGCAGGAGGCUGAUGGCACUGCAGGCCAAGAAGGACAAAGAGGAGCACGACCGGCUGAACAAAGAACGCAUGGAGAAGGAGGCGGAGGAGGAGCGCAACCGUAAACAAAAGGCUAGCGCUGAGAGGGCCUUCCAGGACGGGAUCGGCAAGGCCAAGCUGGUGCUGCGCAGGUCGCCGCUCGGCACGGACAGGAACCACAACAGGUAUUGGCUGUUCUGUGACGUGAUCCCCGGGCUUUACAUCGAGAAGGGCUGGGUCCAUGAGAGCAUCGACUACAGCUACACCCUCCCCGUCGAAGAGAAGCACUCUGAGCAGGAGGAAGAAGAGGAAGACGAUGGAGGGGAGAAGGACGACAACGACGGCAGCACAGACGGGGGUAUGAGUGAAACUGCUCAGACGGGGCCGGCCGCCGACGUCCGUACACAGACCACGGUGCCCAAGCAGGGACAAAACCUCUGGUUUGUGUGUGAAACUGCAGCAGAUCUGGAGGAGCUGGUCGAGAGUCUGCAUCCUCAGGGGGUCAGAGAGAGCGAGCUGAAGGCCAAGAUACAGAACAGAUACCAGGACAUCCUCCACUCCAUCCACCUGAGCCGCAAGGUAAAGCCGGGCCUCAGGACCUGCCACGGCCACCAGGAGCUGCUCAAGUACCUGCGCAGCGACAUCCUGGAGGUUGCCUCCAGGCUCCAGAAAGGAGGACUGGGAUACCUGGAAGACAACACAGACAUUGAGGAUGAGGUGUCCAAGAUGGAGAGCCUGAAGGACUUUGGCGAGUGCAUCAUCACCAUCCAGGCGUGUGUGAUCAAGAAGUUCCUGCAGGGCUUCAUGGCGCCCAAGCAGAAGAAGAAGAAGAAGCAGGCUGGCGAGGAGAGCGGCGGCGCUAGCAGCAGCAAGGCGGAGGAGGUGGACGAGGAGAAGAAGCUGGCGGAGGAGGCCAGGGUUGCUACCGCUGUAGAGAACUGGAAGUCCACCAUCCGCGAGGCUCAGACCUUCUCCCGCAUGCACGUCCUGCUCGGCAUGCUGGACGCCUGCAUCAAGUGGGACAUGUCCGCCGAGAACGCCCGCUGCAAAGUCUGCCGCCGGAAAGGAGACGACGAGAAGCUCAUCCUGUGCGACGAGUGCAACAAGGCCUUCCACCUGUUCUGCCUGCGCCCGGCGCUGUACCGCAUCCCCGCUGGCGAGUGGCUGUGCCCGGCCUGCCAGCCCCUGGUGGCCCGCCGCUGUUCCAGAGGAAGGAAUUAUAACGAAGACACUGAUGAGGAGGAGGAUGAAGAAGAGGAAGAAGAAGAUGAAGACUCUGAGGAGGAAGACGAGGACGAUGAAGACGAUAAGGACUACAAGGCCAUUGGCCACAGCUUGAGACCAAGGAAGAAGAUAAAACAAUCCUCGAAGGUCGCGAAGACAUCCAAGAGCAAGUCGAAGAAGCAGUCGCCCCCCAGUGGACGGGGUACCAAGUCGAAGUCUGGCCCCAACUUCCCAGCAGACAUCGAUGAACUGGUGCGUCUGAACUCCAAGUCCGGAGUACGCAGGCAGACACAGGAACUUGAGCGCUGUGAGGAGAUCCUGCAGAAACUGAUCAAGUUCCGCCACAGCUGGCCCUUCAGGGAGCCUGUCUCGCUGGAAGAGGCAGAGGACUACCUGGAGGUCAUCUCCACGCCCAUGGACUUCCAGACCAUGCUGGGCAAGUUCUCCCAGGGCUCGUACCGCCACGCCCAGGACUUCCUGGAGGACCUGAAGCUGGUGUUCUCCAACGCGGAGGAGUACAACCAGAACAGCAGCCCCGUGCUGGCCUGCAUGGCCAAGACGGAGCAGAGCUUCACCGAGCUGCUCCACAAGCUGCUGCCCGGCCUCAGCUACCUGCGGCGCCGCUCGCGCAAACGCGUCAGCCGGGUGCCCGCCAGCUCGGAGGAAGAGGAGGAGGAGGAAGAGGACAAGAUUGACGAGGCAGUGGAGGAGAAAAAGCGGAAGGGUUCGAAGAAGGCGCAGAACGGCAAGUCGACCCGGUCCAGGAGAGACACGUCGGCGCAGGGGAGGAAGGCCAAGCCGAAGACGAAGGGCGACGCCAGUGACCCCGAGGAGGAGGAGAGCGGGAGCGACGAAGAGGAGGGGAGCAGCCGGAGAAGGAGCAAGCGCUCGGCGGCCACCUCGUCCAAGCGGGAUUACAAGGAACAGGAGAGCGAUAGCGAGCGGGAGGCGCGGAGAACUCGGCGGCGGGGGGAGCGAGGGAGAAGGAGCAGCGACGAGGAGCAGUCCAGCCAGCGGCAUUCCAAGAGGCAGAAACAACGAUGAAGACCACGGUGCUUAUUUGUUUUUUUUUUUGUUUUUUUGUUUUUUUUGUGCUUUAAUUUCUGCACCAGGUAUGACAAAAUACUCGAGAACCUCCGACCUCCUACUCCUCCUCCUCCCACAGCUAGACAAACAGGACUCAAGUCAAGUCUUUGUCUGGGGAAAUGUUUUUAUUUUGUUUUUUUUGUAUUUUGAAAAACAAACAUUCGAAGAAGAAGAGAAAAAUAUCUAAAACUGAUUUAUAUUUGUAACAUGUUUAAUUUUAGUGAUUUAUUUUUUCUUUUUUUUUCUUUUCGAAACCAAAAUAAAUAAUCAUUUCAGGUGAUGAGAAUGACUCACAAGCUCUUAAAAACACAUGACAUUUUCGAAAUUCUGACCUCGGAGCACGUUUUUUUUGUGUAAUUUUGUGUAAUUUGGCCCGACCUAUAGGUUGGUAAAUGAUCCCCCCCCCCCCCCGAGGUAGAAGCAGAUACGAUACUUGUGAACAGUGACCCUCUGAUUUGUAUUUGCCAUCUGUGUUAACACACCCUGUCUAGUCUAUCAGUGUCUCCUCUCUUUCCUCAGGCCAAACACACAGUCCAGCCACAUCCACCAUCAGGAGUCAUCUUUUCAGCGUUGCGUUCCUCCCCAUUCUCUCUUCAAAGCCUGUUCUCAGUGAUUAAUAGUACUUUAUUUGAGACUUUGAGGUCUGUACGGCCACUUUAGUUUAGGUUUUUUUAAUUCACUUCUGCUAACUGCAUUCAGUGCAUGGGGGAGCUCACCCUAAAGUUGUGCGUCUUUGUUGAACCGUUUCCAACAUCCCAAAUCGUGUGUACAUACUAAUGACUGCAGACAGUCAUAUUUAUAUACAACUUUUUCAGACAUGCACCUUCUGGUUGACACAGGCCAGGGAUGGUGUUGUAAAGUUAGUGUAAGGGGGGCGGGACUUCAGAAAGCUUUUAAACUGUUCAGGCUUAACCUAAUUCGUAUUCUUUUGACUGGCCUGAUAUAGAGGAAUUGGUACCACUACAAACUGAACAAUUCCUUCGUAAAAGGUAUACCAAAUAUGCAAACCUUUUGUGAAACCAAAUUCUUUAUCCGAAUUACAAAAAUAUAUGCAUUUAGAAACGGACAGCCAUUUUAAACUGGUAAAGUUUUUUCCUCCUGGCUUUUGUAUAAUUAAUAUACGUGAUCUGUUCGUCUUAUCCCUUUUAUACAAGAUUGCCAAGCAACUGGUGCAUUUGACUUUCCUUUGUCGCAACUACAUCUCCCGGUGGGAUUUCUGUGACAGUUGUAACUGUGAUCUACAAACUACUCAAAUGGAAUAAUGAAAAGCCAAUACUUUGGAUACUGCUCUGGUCACACAUGUUGGUACACAUGUUGGUACACAAGGUGGCGCUGUAGCACAUUGUUCUGAGAUCUACCGGCUAACCAAGUGCAGCACCUGGCUUCCCUGGCGGGGUGGCAGAAAGUGAGAUCUUACAAGGUGCUGGGAAGCCUUGGCUCUCAACUUGUCUUGUCUUGCAUUGGCAUACUAGACAGAGUGCCGUUAUAUUCUGAGAAUAAUUUUGACCGUAACAUGGCAGCAACUUAUUUCUAAAGUUUGGAAGACGCUGCUACUAAAGUUUGGUAUUAUCUGGCGGUGGCCAUGCGUAUUUAUGCAGACGUUUUAAGUUGCUUUCCCCCUUGGCGUACUGUGAUGUGGCGUUUUUCUAGCCGUUGUCAUCAAACCGGCUUUCCUAAUUGUAUUUUAUUUGGCAACAUUGUUAGCUAGAGCAUUCUAUUUCCUUGUGCUUUUUUUUUCUUUUUCGUAAAAUUUCCCAUUAUUAAGAGUUCCAUUAAAGAUAAGAAUCACUGUUGGAAAUUGGAAGUUAUUUUCUGAAUACAAGCAAAAGCGACUGCCCUCAUCAAUAUAAUAGGCUACCUAACGUGUUGUAAAUGCUUCUUUUUCUUUUUUUCUCGAUUAUAAGUCUUUUACACUUAUUUUUUUUUAUAUAUAUAUUUAUAGUCUCUAAAAACUAUGGUCAGGUGGGUCACGGAGGCUCGGGGAUGUUCACGUGUAAAGACAAUAAAGGCUGUGGAUGGAGAGCAUGGUGUUGCUGCUUCUUUGUGGUGGAGGUGAGUGUUUCGUGUAGGCCCAGAUGUCACUGCCAACUCUCACGUUUGUGAUCAUUUACAAGAUAUGGUUGGCACCAGAUUCCAGACUGAUGUCUUCGUUUUGUAAUAAAAUGUGCUAACGUU